AUGCGCAGCAUGUGUUGUCGGUGUUGUUAUUGCCGCCAAACUAUUGCCAUCUCAUGCAUACCGGUAUGUAAUUCUUUUGCACAUGUAUCCAGUUUGAAAAUUACGACAUUGUGAUAUAGUAAUUCGAAUUGUACAGGAGGUGUAUCACACUCUUUCAUAAUCGAUCGGUCCUCUCGAGGUUGCAGGUCAGCAGUGAGUCGAGCUGAGUAGUUGGUCUCCUGUAGCUGUACUUGGAUCUCCUUGCUUUGAUCUAACGUUUGCAAUUUGGCCUCCAUCAUAUCCAUGCUGAAACACAACGUUUAUACGUCGACAUGUUAAUGUUAUUGUUAGAUGUGAGAUGUGAGAUCAUCAUGACAUAGAUAGCCAGCCAGAAAGCCCAGAUCGCAACUAACGUUAGAGACGAUACAGACACAGUCACAAUUUUGUUUUAAAUGGUGAAUUAUUCAACUUGUCAGCCAGCUAAGAAUGUCUGAAGCAGUGAAGUCCCCUGGUACUCUUUCUCAAGAGCAGAAGAAGGAAGAAGAAAUGAAAUGUGAAAUGGCCCAGGAGAAAAGCACUUCUGAUGUAGGUGACAUAGAACAUAAGAAAGAAGCUGGUGUGAUGACAAACACACAAGAGAAGGCUGAGGCAAAUUUGUUAGAGAAGUCUAAAGCGAGUGGAACAAAUACAGAACAAGUUGCAACUCCAAAUGUCAAUCUAGAAAAAACAUCAACAGUGAAAAGUGAUUCUGGAAUGGUCCUUGGUACAGGUCCAAGCAUCACGGUUGAACCAAGUAUUCUUAGUGAUGGUGCAGGGGGCUCAAAGGUAAAAGAAACUCAAGGAGACACUGUCAGUGAAUUGCCUUCUGAAAGCACAUCUGGAGGCAGUACAGUACCUGUGAUUGCAAAGGACUCCACUGAUGAUAAAACUUUAGUGGUAAUUGAUAAGGUUCCAUUAGGUGAAAAGGUUGAAUCGAACAUAAGAACAGAUGCAGGGGAUACAGACAUAGAAUCUACAAAAUUAGAUGAAUUGAAAGGCAAAAACGCUCUUUCUUCACAUGUUGAGCUUUCAGGAUCAACCACAGAGUCUUUAGACGCGGCUUCAUCAAACCAACCCCUAUCGAGUGAAGAAGUACGUCCAGCAAAUGAUAUCGUCAGCAGUAAUUUAAAGACUAAUGAACUCCCAAUAUCAGAUGUGGAAAAGGAAAGACUGUUGACAACUGAACCAGGAAUUGGUCCUGAAAACAAGAAAGAUGCUGAUACAACUAGUGAUGCACAGAGAACAACUCCUGAAAUUCCUGUGGCCAACAAAACUGAUAAAAUGGAAAUUGAUAAUGAUCCCAGCUCUUUGACUAAUGUUGUUUCCAAUUGCAAUGUACAAAAGGAAAAGACUUUACCAGCUAUAGGAAAAAUUCAGGAGACAAACACUCCAAGUGAUGUUAGUGUGCAGAACAGUGUGGUUCAUCAUAGUGAGCAAAAACCAGAGACUUCAUUAUCACAUAGUUAUUUACCACGGAAAGAGUCAGCCAUGGCCAAUCUUCAUAAGAUGGAUGUAAUGCCACAUGAGGGAACAAGCUCGAAGGCUGUGCAUGAAAUAAUUGCUAUGAAUUAUGGAAGGUUGGACACAGAAAGGAUUGUUCCAACACCGGUGUCAUCAGACAGACUAAAUCUUGUUCAUUCAUCAGCUCCCUUGGUGGAAGGAGCCCCUGUUUCCUCUUCCAUUCAAACUACUGUUCCUUCAGAAAAAGACAGUCUUGUGUCUUUACCAGUCAAUGUAGAACAGUCUGAACCUGUUUCUCAGCCAGAUUUGUCAGUGCGUGCUCCUGAAUCUGUUCCAGCAGAUUCCAAGAUUGAGGUCCAGGAAUCUGUAGAUGAUUGGGAUAUAUCAGCAUCUGAUGAAGAGGAAGAUGACGGUGAAAGUCAAACAGAUGGUUUGGAGAAGAAGAAGAGAAAGAUUGUGAAGAGAGGUUACUGGGAGCCUCCUAUCGAUGUGAUUGUUGAUCUCUAUAAGAAGCUUGAUAAAGAUGGUAUCCUAGAACUGAGUUGGAAGUGUCCUGGAAGAAGACCUCCUAGUGAAGAAGGUGAUAAGGAAGAAGAGAAAGAACAGUUAGAAGAUGUACAAGAUGAGGAAGCCAUGGAGAUAUCUCAGGAGGAAGACCCCACAGAGUUUGAUUUUGACAUGGAUGUGGAAUUAGAUUCAUCGGUACAAAAGAUGACACCAAGAAGAAACAUAGGAGGAGGACAAGCCCAGGGUAGUGGUAAGAAGAGAGUAGCCAGGAUGGAUAAGGUCCUCAAUGAUAUCUUCAGACAUCGUAAGAUAGACACCACCACCAUGGUAGAUCCUGAGAAGAAAGAAAGCAAGGAAUCUGACCAAGCAAUGGAUACCACUACAUCCCCCAUCCUCACACCAAACAGACCUUCUGAUAAGUUUCACAUCCGUAGUGAUCUGUGAUUGUAAGUCUGUUGCAAUGGAUUGGCAAAGCUUCACAUCCGUAGUGAUCUGUGAUUGUAAGUCUAUUGCAAUGGAUGGGCCAAGUUUCACAUCCGUAGUGAUCUGUGAUAAGUCUAUUGCAAUGGAUGGGCCAAGUUUCACAUCCGUAGUGAUCUGUGAUUGUAAGUCUGUUGCAAUGGAUGGGCCAAGUUUCACAUCCGUAGUGAUCUCCCAUUGUAAGUCUGUUGCAAUGGAUGGGCCAAGUUUCACAUCCGUAGUGAUCUCUCAUUGUAAGUAUGUUGCAAUGGAUGGGCCAAGUUUCACAUCCGUAGUGAUCUCCCAUUGUAAGUCUAUUGCAAUGGAUGGGCCAAGUUUCAAAUCCGUAGUGAUAUGUGAUUGUAAGUCUAUUGCAAUGGAUGGGCCAAGUUUCACAUCCAUAGUGAUCUGUGAUUGUAAGUCUAUUGCAAUGGAAAGGCCAAGUUUAACAUCAGUAGGGAUCUGUGAAUGUAUUAAAGUCUAAUGGUAAGAUUACAAUUGAUGGGCCAAGUUUCACAUCUGUAGUGAUCUGUGAGUGUAAGUCUAAGGGUAAAAUGACUGUAAAGUGAAAAUUUGUUCACUUGUAGAUUCAUCAUGCACAUACUGUAACAUGUGCGGCUAUGUCAGUUUGUACUUUUUAAUCCCAAAUGACAGCAAACUAUUUAAGCACUUAUGCAAAACUUGUUAUUAGAAAAAGGGGGUGAACCAACGUAAAUUGUGAGUAUGGUAAUGUGCAAACAUCUGUUGCUUCUAUCCUCCUUCAAUCCUCCAUCAAGCUUAAAUGGCUCAUAUAUUUAUGUUUGAAAGCUUCAUUGUAGGAAAAGUUUACCCCUGACAUCGGUUUAUUUCAAUCAGAAAAGUACAAUAAAUGUAUUAUUGAAUGCUUGAUGAAAAUCUAUCAAAUAAUAAGAGAGUUAAUUCUAGUGAGAUCUCAUAUGAGCAGAACCCUAUGUGACAUGUUGUAUGACUUCAAUACAUUCCCAAUUUUUUAUGUAUUCAUAAUGAAAAUAUUUCUCUCUUAGAAUCAUGUAUGUGUCUAGUAAUAUAUUGAAUACAUGGGUGAACUCACUUUCGAUUUUUCUGAAAGAAAUGUAGAUUUCUAAAUAUUUAAUCAAAUGAUGUAUUGGGGUGCUACUCUCAUAUGACAUCACACACACAAAAUGAACCUUUAAUUUCAAAAUAUGCUCUUUGAAAGAGUUGUGCCAAACCAUCAAUGUUUUUUUCAAUUUUUCUUCAAACCGACAUGACAUCAGGAUAGAGCUCUCGUUCAAUAGAGUAGGAAUGUGUCAAAGAGACUUCAUUUUAACUGACUAUUUCUCUAUCAAGAAAGAUUUAUGUGGUGAUGAAAAUUGAUCAGAGUUUAGAGGAUAUGAAAUUGGUAUCGUAACGAUCGUGGGCUGACAAGUUACCAUAGUAACGAACGGACAGCUGCGCUUCUUUUCCAAUCAAAACCAAGGAAACACGUUGUUCAUCCUUCAGGAUAAAGAAAUACACACGAUAUGAAAAACUAAAGGAUAAUAUAUGAACAUAUUUCACAAUUUGCAACCAUUGGAAGGAUUACUUAUGUACAAAUAUAUAUGUAGAAGUUGUGGUAAAAAUACAGGUUUUGUAUGAAAAAUCAAGCAUUGUUCAUAAUUAGGGAGAAAUUUGGCAUCACCAUGGAAUUUGUCAACAAUCCAUUCAUUGCCAUUUAUUAAGUUAUUGCUAGUGACAUCUUUCCUCUCAUUGAAUUUGUACACAAAGUGAACCAACACGUGAGAAGGGAGGUGAAAAAUAAGGUCAGAUAUGGGAAUAAGCAAAUUAUUUGUCACUAAUGUUUCCUUAGAACAUGUAGGUCAUGUGUUGGACUGAAUGGUAUUGGUAUAACAGUGUAAAGCCUUUUCACAUCAUAUUCAUUUAGACUGCUUUGUGAGUGCUUUCUAUGAUUUUAUGAAAGGGGUACCACUGGCUGAAGUAAGAAAAAUCAUUAUAUAUAGAUAAAUAAGAGUAAAUUUCACUGAACAAAAAUAAUAAAAAUUUCAUCAAAAUUUAGUAAUAAAGAAAAAGUUUAGCAAUAUUUUGCAAAAACAGUUAUAUGCACGCUGUCACAAAUAUACAUGUAGGUGGGCUUAUGAUGUCAUGUCCCCAUUUUUGUAUUAUUACAUGAAAUCAUAAUUGUAUCCCCUGAACGGAGUUCGGAGGAUACUAUGGAUUUGGCCUCGCCGCCGCGUACGCCGCAGAGAUUUUCUUGUGAGCGCUCUAUCAGCUGCAUUUCUUCGAUCAUCUUCAAAUUUGGCAUGAAGGUUGAGUAUGGUAUAGCGAAGAAGCCUAUCGAUUUUGGUGUGGGCGGAGAUAUCGUUGCCAUGGUAACAAGAGUUUUUGUGGAAAUAGCAUAGAUGUCCUUGAGAGCGCUCUACUAGCUGCAUUUCUUCUCCGAUCAUCUUCAAAUGUGGCAUGAAGGUCCAUUCUGGUUAAGCAAAGCCACCUAUUGAUUUUGGUGUGGGCGGAGACAUCGUUGCCAUGGUAACAAGAGUUUUUGUGGAAAUAGCAGAGAUGUCCUUGUGAGCGCUCUACCAGCUGCAUUACUUCUCCGAUCAUCUUCAAAUGUGGCAUGAAGGUCCAUUAAAAAAGCAUAGCAGCCUAUUGAUUUUAGUGUGGGCAGAGACUUAGUUGCCAUGGUAACUAUUAUUUGUGGAAAUAGCAGAGAUGUCCUUGUGAGCGCUCUGCCAGCUGCAUUUCUUCUCUGAUCAUCUUCAAAUGUGGCAUGAAGGUCCAUUAUGGUAAAGCAAAGCCUCGGAUUGAUUUUGGUGUGGGCGGAGACUUCGUUGCCAUGGUAACAAGAGUUUUUGAGGAAAUAGCAGAGAUGUCUUUGUGAGCGCUCUACCAGCUGCAUUUCUUCUCCGAUCAUCUUCAAAUUUUUGAUGGGGGGUCUUAGGGUUAGGUUCAUAAAAAUAUCCAAAUUAUUCUAUAAUUGUAUUCUCCAACAGGUGAUACUGGACAAUACUUUAGGUUCUGCAGAGUCACGCUGCUAUGUCAUAUUAUUGUCAUCAAAUUAGGUACCCACAGGCAAAAUGUGGGCAGGGUCAUUGUCGCCAUGACAAUUGUAUUUAUUGUCAAAUUUCUGCGUGAGCUCUAUAUAUCGCAAUGACGGAUGACGCGGUGGGUUCUUGGGAUACAUGUGCUCGGCCACGCGACCCGCGAAGCAUCUCUAGUUAAAUUCAUAUUUUCAGACAUGUGUGUAUGAUAUGUCUCAUUGUAACAAAAUGUUGGGCAGUGAUCAUCUUACACAUUUAAACCAGUUGUCCAAUUUGUUUCAUUCUGUGAGGGCAAAAUACACCUUCAUAUGAUUAAAUACAAAAGAAUAAGUGGGGAUAUGUCAUCAGUUUGCUCACUGCAUAUUCAUGAAGAUGCAUACAGUUGUUUCACUGAAGCAACAAAAUAAUGGGAAACUUUAAAAUGUCAGGAUUUUGUUAUUGCCUGAGUUUGAUAAAAUUUUUAGUAUUUUUUCUAAUUUUACUUUUAUAUCAAAUCAUAUUAUAUUUUAGCCUAGAGUACCCCCUUUAACCCAAAUUUAUGUCUUUGCAUUUAAAUGUGUUGCAGGAAACUCCAUGAUAUUGCUGAUCACACCAAUAACUGUUGUAGUCUUUCUUGAAGCAACUCUUCAUCUAUGAAAUUACCGGAACAAAUACAUUAAUGCAUACACAGUUUCAAUAGGUGGAAGGCAACAUGAUUUCUGCACUUGCCUCUAGCUUGAGAUUUUAGAAAAGGCAAAUUUAAGCACUUUCAUAAGACAUAAAUUUCUUCUAAAUGGGUUCAACUUAGCUUCAGUUCCAUUUUAUCCUCUGGGGAUAUUCUUACUAUCAGCUGAGAUUUAAAGGGCAAAUCAAGUAAAAGUAGUUUCCAUGAAUCAGUGACAAUCACACCUGAAAUACAGUUGACAAUUUUGUUUCAAUAUUUUCUCCUUGUGUCUUAAGGUAUCCCUUUGAUUCUGUUAACAGUUUGGUACCCCCCCCCUCUCACCUUUCACAUAGACAGCCAAGAAACAUUUCAGUCGCCCCUCGUUUAUCUGACUUAAAUGGUGUUGAGAUCUUAUUAUUGCUUCAAUGAUUCAAUCAGUUUAUGGAUUAACUUUAUUUUGAGAUGGUGUAUAGUAGUACAUAUCACUAUUGUUAUCAUGUUCACUAACUCUGUGAUGUGUUGUAUUCAUUUCUUAACACAUUCCCGCCACUUGAAUGAUAAUACAUGGGUUUUGUGUUUGGCUAAAUAAACAAUUGAUUUUAAAGUAUAAUAUGUCAAGGUUUUAUUCUACAAGCCAUAUACCUUCAUGUUACACAAGUCGUGUACGUGCAUAAAAUGCCAAUAGAUUGAUUAAUUUGAAGAUGUAUUAUAAACUCAAUAAAUUGUAGUUAAUGCACUAGUUGUAUUAAUUUCUGAGUGUUCAGAGA